AUGCCUUCCAAUAGCAGCAGAAAAACAGAUCAUAAAGGAAAAGAAAAAGCAUCUGCAAGUAUAUCUACCUCUGCAAACCAUGUUUUGGCUGGCCGUGUUGCACCUGUGGUGAUCCAGACACUCAGAUCACCUCGAAAAAUUUCCCCCAGUUUCUCAUCUGCAACUAUCCAAGAUCAGCGAUACGCAGAAAUUGUUGAAAUGUUUAACAAAGUAAGCAACAGUAUCAAUGGUGUCAAGGAUGACAUUGCUGCUGUCAAUAGCAACAUGACAGCUUUUAAAAACAGGAUGGGCGUUGUUGUUGACAUGUCUGGAAAGACACAUACGGCAUUUGCAGACUUUGCAACUGCCUAUGCCAACGAUCAGACUCGUAUGGCUAGUCUAGAACCAUCUCUGAUGCCAUUCUAUGUCCCCCAGACCUCCCUCAGUGAUGCCAAGGUUUCUGUCAUUAUCUCGUUUGAGUCUGAUGACCCUGCUCUUGUUGCUGAGAAUGAGAGUAAGAAGAAGUGGAACUUGAACAAGAUUAACCACUGCAAUAGCAUAGCUGUUAUCAACUACUUGAAGAGCUACAUUAGUGCCCAGACUUGUCUAGCUGGUACUCACCCACCAACUGGAAACCCUGUUGAGAAGGCCUAUCUCAAACUCUUUCAGAAGGAUGCCAUGUCUGAUGGUGAGUCGGAUAUUGAGAUUUUCAACAGAUUGCUGACAAUGGUUGACAACAUUGAUUGUAUCCAUCAUGUGUCAAAUGCAGGCGUGGGAACAAAGCCAAGAAUGAACAGAUAUCCAGCAACAUUGUUGCCUUGCUCUGUUCCUGCCACCCUGUCCCAGUCAUUGCCUCGUUGGGCAAUCAACGAUGAAUAA